CACCUCAACCUCCACCCCGUCGCCCGUCCCGGAUUGCGCGCGACAAACACCUGUUCCAUCUUCAUUCCAUCGCCCGGUCCUCCCACAGCAGGCCUUUUAGUUGGCGCCGCGCCUUGGACACCCCCCGCCGGAUCGCGCAUCAUGACUGAGGUGUCGUCGACCCGCCUCUACCUGGGCAACCUCCCCCGCAAUGCCACCAAGGCCGAUGUCGAGGCUCACUUUGCGACCCAUGGCACCGGCGAGAUCACCGAGAUCAAGCUCAUGAACGGCUUCGGCUUCAUCGAGUACAAAGACGCCAUGGACGCCCGCGACGUUGUUCCUGCCUUCCAUGGCUCCGACUUCAUGGGCGAGCGCCUCGUCGUGCAGUUUGCGCGUGGCUCGCGUCGCCAGAACGAGGGUUUCGCCCACCAGGAGCGCGCCGCCCCGCGCCCUAGGCGCACCCCAUUCCGCAUGUCCAUCACUGGUCUUCCCGUCGAGACGAGCUGGCAGGACCUGAAGGACUUUGCCCGUCAAUCCGGACUGGACGUCGUCUACUCCGAAGUCGGCCGCGAGCGCGACGGCCGUGGUUUCGUCGAGUACGAGACCGCGGUCGACCUCCGCAACGCGGUUGAGAAGCUCGAUAACCGGGAGUUCAAGGGGCAGGCGGUCCGAUGCGUUCAAGAUAUCCAAGAGGACCGCCCUCGUGAGCGUUAUAGGUCUCGCUCGCCCGUCCGCGGUCGCGGAUAUGGUCCUCCUCCUGAUGAUGACUAUU